AGCUCGAUCGGUGUUACCAAAAGAUGUUCAUGCCUGCUAGAUAGAACAUGUACAAAAUAACAAUUCCUUACACUGUGAUUUGCUUGUCGAUGAAAGAAAUGGAGGCGAGAGAAAACAUCUCACGCAAAGUACCAAGCGGCAUGUGAUUCGAACCAAGAUGUAUAUUUUCUUCUUCUUGCCGCACGCCCCCCCUUUUUUGCGAAAUCCAGGUUCUUGGAAGACAGAGCCCCCACGCCCACGGUUGGUGUGCCGGUAUCCAUGUCGAUGUCAUGUCAUGGCCGCACGCCCUACGUAGGAGACAACAACGAACGACAACAGAGGCAAAAACAGUGGCUUCAAGUCGUGACAAAGUUGUUCAUGAUUCUCAGGGAGGAAACAAAGAUACAGACGCACGCCCGGCCAACGCAAACGCACACUCGCACUCACACUGACACACUUACAUGUAUACACACCUACACCGCGCAUGUACUCGUAUGUUCUAGGCGGACCCAUGAUGGAGCCCUGUGCAAAGUACUGCUACCCAUGGGUUCGUCGCCAAACCGGGGUGCCCGAGACCAAUCUGGGGGAUUUUGGAUCAGAGGAUCCGGGAGGAUCAGAGACUUCGGAGACGGGCCAACUACAACAGCCAUGACAACGAGAAUCGAACUGUCGCCAAAAGCCUUGCGUGUUCUUCCAUUUUUUAAACGAGCGUCGACGAGUCACUCGGCUUUGGUCUUUUCUGCUCCCCAUGGGGAGGGGAGUGUCUCACAUUUUAUUACCCGCAAGUAGCCAUUCUCCGCCUUCGUCGUAUCGUAUGAUGUAAUUAGGACUCAGAAGGAGAGAAGAGGAAGAGGAAGAGAGAGGCUAUGGUGAAGGUUUUGCAGCGCUCUGAGCAAAGUACAGGCAAGCUCUCCCCGUCAGUCGGCCUUAAGCCGUGCUGCUUC